AUGCGGAGUAUAAAGCUUCUUGAUAACAAUUCGAUACAUAAACUUUGCUCGAGUCAGGUUGUGCUGACUUUAGGGAUUGCUAUAAAAGAGCUAAUUGAGAAUUCUGUUGACGCUGGAGCUAAAAAGAUCGAAAUAAAGUUGAGAAAUUUUGGAUCCGAUCUAAUAGAAGUUAUAGAUGACGGAUCAGGCAUAAAUGAGGCAGAUUUCGACACUCUUGGAAAGAGCCAUAGCACGUCCAAAAUACAUGAUUUCAAUGACAUAUCGAAAAUUUCUUCAUUUGGAUUCCGAGGUGAAGCCCUUUUCUCAUUAUGCCAAGUUUCUGAUGUUUCAAUUCAUACCAAAACUGAAGAGUCGAAAAUUGGUAUUCGAUUGGAAUUUUCCAACACUGGAGAUUUGAAAUCUCGUCGGCCGUUAGCUCGUAGUCGUGGAACUACAGUCUGUGUUGAAAGGCUCUUCCAUAAUCUCCCUGUUCGAAGACGCCAUUUAACUGAUGCUACUCAUUUAGCCAAAGAGUUUGCUCAAGCUGUUACUCUCAUCUCAAGUUAUUGCCUUUCGUUAACGGAUGUCAAUGUUUCUUGCUAUCGAAUUGACAAGAAGGGAGUUAAAACGCUUGUUGUUUCCAAUAUGGCUGGGAGGUCUAUAUCUUCUAACAUUGCAGCUGUUUAUGGCCAAGCUCAGCUCACUUCUUUGGUAGAAAUUCGUAGUGAUUUCUUAAUUUCCGAAAACCUUAUCGAGGAGUACAAUGUAAAGCUCUCCAAGGAAGAACUUGACGCCAUAAAAAUUUCUGGUUUUAUAUCUGCUCCUCCUACUUCCGGGUGUUCCAAAAACACCGGCCGAUCUUCAGGGGACCGACAGUUUGUAAGUGUUAAUGGUCGGCCUUGUGACCUUCCACAAUUCACUCGUCUAGCCACAGAUAUCUGGCGACGGUGUUGUCGGGAGUCCCUUCUCUCCUCGUCCCAAUGCCUUGGAAUGCCAUCGAGGAGUACUACUUCAGCGUUUCCAGUACUAAUUCUUCUUGUGGAAGUGCCAAAAUUCAUAGAAGCGAAAGUUGACGUUAAUUUGUCACCUGACAAACGCCAGCUCCUUUUGCACUGGGAAAAGGCGGUGGUAAUGAAGUUAAAAGCGGCUUUGACUGCUACUCUCGGAUGCGCAGAUCCGGCUGCUGAACAGUCCAUUGCUGGUCUUCCUAGUCCGUCGAGUUGUUUUACUGCUUCCAGUGUAAAAAAUGAGUCCCAUUCUAGCCAACAACUCAUUCAACGGCCUUUAUUUUCAAAACAUAUCAAGGUCUCUCCUCCAUCUUCAUCACAACCCCCUCAGUCACCUCCGAGUUCUAAAAGGCCUCGCGUUGUGUCGCCUGUCUCAACUCCGUUGACUUCACAACGACCUGUGUUCUCGGGUAACUCGGCAAGGAAGAGCUAUGACAAUCGCUUGCCACAGCUCAAUCGCCAACGUGUUAAAGUUGACUUCUCGUUGGGACGUCUGUUAAAAUACUGGACAUCAAAGGGAUCAUCUCCUGAAACCCCGGAAAUACCAACCACUGGGGAAUUUCAUGCAAAUCUCACUGAUUCCUCCGCUCAAUCCGAGUUAACCACUGUCUUUCGAAGAGAAUGGUUCAAGGAUAUGCGAGUGAUUGGUCAGUUCAACAAAGGUUUCAUCAUAUGCCAAUAUCGAGAUGAUCUUUUUAUUGUGGACCAGCACGCGAGUGAUGAGAAAUUUCGAUAUGAAAAUCUCUGUGCAAAUCAUGAAUUCACCAGCCAGCCCCUUGUUGCACCCCAACAGCUCACCCUUAAUGCCGUUCAAGAACAUGUAUUGGAAGAAAACAUGGAUGUCUUCUCAAAGUCUGGUUUUGUCUUUUCUGCUGAUGAAAAUGCUCCAUUGGGUCAACGAUUUCGCCUAGUGGCAGCGCCUAUGAGUGAGGGCAAAAUUUUUGGUCCCACUGAUGUCGAGGAAAUGCUUUUUGUAUUAUGUGAAGGCUUGUCAAGAAACUGCAGACCCUCUCGUCUUCGUGAUAUUCUGGCUUCACGUGCCUGUCGAAGUGCUGUGAUGAUUGGCACCUCCCUCGACCACAAGCAGAUGAAUCGAGUAAGUUCCGCUGUCUCCAUGCUUUCCAACCUAUCACUUCUCUCAGUGUUCUCAUGGAACUGUGCACAUUUCAAUUUACAGAUCGUCUCUAAUAUGAGCUCAAUGGAACAUCCCUGGGCAAGUGCCAAACCUAGCUUCUAA